UGACGGAGAAGAAAGAAGAAUAGCGACCUCUUCCUCUUUUCUUUUUCUCUCCUCUCUCUUUGAUGCUUGCUGUUGGUUUCAUGAGAGAGAUAUCAGUCGAUCAGAGCCUCCAUUUGCCCUCCUCUUUAUUUUAUUGUUAAAACACUUAGCAAGGUGGUCGCUGCUGCAAAGAAAAGGAGAGAAAGAGACGACAGAGAGAAGGGAAUUCGAGAAACUACACAAAGAGAAAACGAUGUCUGAGGGCUAGCUCCUGCAACUCUGCAUAAGAAUUGAAGAUUAGUGGGUACAAGAGGUGGUUCAGAAGCAAAUUAUGAACAUGAAGAGAAAGAUAUGGGAAUAGCAACUCCACCACCAAUUCUCUCUCACUCCAACUGCAAGAGUAGCAAUUUCACCAAUUCUAUGUCCCAAGAUUACCACCAAACCAUCUUCAGUUUCUCGAAUGGGUUCGAGAGAUCCACGGCCUCCGCCGCCAAUACUCAGAUCCGAAGAGAUAAAUUGAGAGUUCAAGGAUUCGAGCCGCAUCCACAGACACUAGUAGGGGUGGUGGAAGAGGAAGAAUCCGGUGGACUCCCUGUGUACGAAACAGCCGGUAUGUUGUCAGAAAUGUUCAAUUUCCCACCCGGUGGUGGUGCCACCGCGGAUGCAGUCCAAUUAUUAGAGUCCAAUUACCGAACCGCGAGGCCUCCACCACUGGCUAAUGAGUGGUACGGUCACAGAAAUAACAGUAAUUGCGACAACAUAGGCCAACAUCAUCAUCAGAUAUCGGGGAUUAAUGCGGAUUCAGCCGCGGCUAUGCAUCUAUUCCUCAUGAACCCACAACCUCGAUCACCUUCUCCUCCUCCUCCACAACCUUCAACAUCUUCUACACUUCACAUGUUGUUACCAAACCCAUCUGCAUAUGUCUCCGGAGGGGCUUUUGGUAAUAACUCACAAUUCACUUGGCUUCCUGAAAACAACAAUACUGGUAGAGUGGUGGAAGGCCAAGGCCAAGGCCUGUCUUUAUCACUUUCAUCUUCAUUGCAACACUUGGAGGCGGCGAAAGCCGAGGAAUUGAGAAUGGGAGAUGGUGGUGAGUUCUUGUAUUACAAUAACAGCCAAGCUGCAGGUGGAGGGGCAUCUUCUUCUGGUCCUAAUUACAAUCAAUACAAGACUAGUUUGGGAGCAAGUCAACACCACCACCAUCAGUCAAUGAACCACCAGGUUCAUGUCGGGUUCGGGUCGAAUUCUCUAGGAGUUGUGAAUGUGUUGAGGAAUUCAAAGUAUGCUAAGGCAGCUCAGGAGUUGUUGGAAGAAUUUUGUAGUGUUGGGAGAGGUGAGUUUAAGAAGAACAAGUUUGGUAAUAAGCACAACAGUACUACUACUCCUACAAACCCUAAUUCCAAUAAUCCUGGUGGAAAUAAUACUAGUGGAGGUGGUGGCGGCGGCGGUUCUUCUUCAACAAAAGAUCUCACUACUCCUUUAUCUGCCGCUGACCGGAUUGAACAUCAGAGAAGGAAAGUCAAACUACUCUCACUGCUUGACGAGGUGGAUCGAAGAUACCAACACUACUGCGAACAAAUGCAAAUGGUGGUGAACUCAUUCGAUCUAGUGAUGGGUUUCGGGGCAGCAGUGCCAUACACAGCACUUGCACAAAAGGCAAUGUCAAGACACUUUAGGUGUCUAAAGGAUGCAAUCGCAGCACAAUUGAAGCACAGUUGUGAGUUGCUAGGUGAAAAAGAUGGUGCAGCUGGAAGCACAUCUGGUGGGAUCACAAAAGGUGAGACUCCGAGGCUUAAACUACUUGAACAAAGCCUUAGACAACAAAGAGCAUUCCAUCAAAUGGGGAUGAUGGAACAAGAAGCUUGGAGACCUCAACGUGGCCUUCCUGAACGAUCUGUCAACAUUUUGCGUGCCUGGCUUUUCGAGCAUUUCCUCAACCCGUAUCCAAGCGAUGCAGAUAAGCAUCUGUUGGCUCGACAGACUGGUCUAUCCAGAAAUCAGGUGUCAAAUUGGUUCAUAAAUGCGCGAGUAAGGUUGUGGAAACCAAUGGUGGAAGAUAUGUACCAACAAGAAGCCAAAGAAGAGGAGGAUGGAGGAGGAAGAGAGAUUGGUGGUGGCCUAAAUGCACAAACUCCAACGCCUCCUACUACAACAACAACGACUGCAUCAUCAUCAUCAGCACCAACAAUCACAACUACUACGCCAGCCAAUGAAAACGACACUUCACUCAUCGCAAUCAAUGCACAGUGUUUCUCGGCAAACCAAGGAAACAACCCACCACCGCCACCGCCACUACCACCGUCACAACAAACCCACAACCACCAGCUGCCUUUUCCGGACUCAUAUGAUGACACGUGUCGCCUUGGUGGCAUUGUUGAUCAGUAUCAUGGGACCCCCACUAGUACAUCUGGCAAUGCUGGGUUUAUUAGGUUUGGGGCCACUCCUGGUGACGUGUCACUGACAUUAGGGCUACGUCAUGCCGGUAACAUGCCUUCAGACAAGACUACUUCUUCUUCUUUCUCUGCUAGAGACUUUGGUGGCUGUUGAUUAUCCAAAAAAAAGAAAGAUCAGAUAAAAUUUUACCAGCUUUUAUGAAUAUUACAUAAUAUUCUCUACAGAUUUUAUUUCAUUCUAUUAAGAAACAAAUGAUAUGAUAGAUUUGUACGUAGCCCUAAGUUAGCUAGAUAGAUAUGUUGGGGUGCGUGUCUAUUGUAAUUGUAUAGAAGCUUGUUUUGAAUAUUUUUGCUUCACUGUGUAUCAAGAUUUUGUACCUUAUAAUUUAUAUUGUCUACUAGAAUAAUACUUCGAGGGAGAUAAAUCGCUAGUUGAUCAUUA